GAAAAGAUGAUGAAGGAGAAACUGUAGAUAUGACUGAGCUCCGAAUAGAAUAUGUGAAGGCUUUUCUGAUCAGGGGAUAUCAUUUAGAAAAAUUGACAUAUUUACGUAUUGUCACAAAUACAAAAAAACAAAGAUCUAUAGCUCUUAAUAUUAUUCUAAAACAUAAUUCAGAAAUUGGAGGUAUGCAUAAGCUGGAAACAGCCUCAGAUGAUACAAAAGCAUAUUAUCGAAAAUUUGCUAGAGAAUAUAGGAUACCACUUUCUAGAUGGGCAUUAUUAACUGAUUAUAAAUACAAUAGCAAUGAAAUGCCUUAUAGUGCUCGCUCACCACUAUGUGAACAUGCUUUUUAUUUAUUGAGUUAUUGUGGAGGGGUAGGUGAACCUUUCUAUAAAGAUUUCUUUCAUAAAAAGCAAACAUAG